AUGGCCACAGCAUCUGUGACGCAAGCGAUGCGCACCGGGCAGACUAACCGCAGCACUCCGGUUCCAGCACUCUCCGACGCCGCUGCGGCAGAAGCACUCACGAUCCAUAAAACCGUCGCCAUCUCCUGUUGCGCCUGCCUACACUCCCUUCCUUCACACUCUCUCAUCCUCAUCUCGCACUCGCCAACAACACUCAUGUCAGACUACGCACCUCCAGUUGGCCCGCCUCCGCCCAAGGUCCCCGAGGGCUGGAAGGCCGUCUUCAACGCGCAAUACCAAGAAUGGUUCUACGUCAACAUCUAUACCAAACAGUCGCAAUGGAACAAGCCGACCGAGCCCAUCUAUCCUCCCUCCGAUGCCGAAGGCAGCGCCCCACCUCCGGGCCCGCCGCCCAGCUACGGCCACGGCGGCGAUGCGGGGCCACUCGGCCCGGAAAAGACGGGCUUGAGCAGCAACAACCCGUACGGGCCGGGUGGUGGCGGCUACGGCGGCAGCGGGCAGAACAUCAGCGAAGACGAGCGGCUGGCCCGCCAGCUGCAGGCCGAGGAAGACGCACGCGCACACGGUGGCCACUCGCCGAUGCCGGGAGGCGGUUCUCGCGGCGCCGCCGACGGUUAUUACGCCCAACAGGGCGGCGGCAGUGCCUCGCCAGGCUACAGCCAGCCGCCAGGCUACGGCCAGCAAGCCCCGGGCUACGGCUCGCAGGACUUGCCGCCGCGUCCGGACGACAGCAGAGGCAAGAAGUCCGGCGGCUUUCUGGGGAAGCUUCUCGGCAAGGCGAGCGGCUCCAAGCCGGGUGGUGGAUACCCCGCGGGUGGGGCUUACGGCCACCAACCGCAGUAUGGCGGCGGCGGCUAUCAGCAGCCGCAAGGAUAUAACCAGGGCCCGCCGCAGGGCCAGUACGGAUACGCACCGCAGCAGGGCUACUACGGACAGGGUGGUGGGAUGCCGUACGGUGUUGCCCAGCAGAAGCCGAAGAAGAGCGGGCUGGGUGCUGGUGGUGCGGCGGCGCUUGGUGUCGGCGGUGGCCUGGUUGGUGGAAUGUUGCUGGCGGACGCGAUCGAAGACCAUGACGAACAUGAGUAUGACCAAGGUUAUGACCAGGGCUAUGACGACGGUAACGACAACGACUUCGGCGGCGGGGACGACUUUGGUGGUGAUUUCUAG